AUUCUUCAGUGGUCAUCAUGGUGAAGUCCAUCCCCGUGAUUUUGCUUUCCUGCUUGCUCUUAGUGGAGCUGACUUUUGGCAGUGGGAAUCCAGUGCCUCGAAUAACCACGGGAGAAGUGCCUGAAGACUUUGUAUCCACGGUCAACACUUUGGUGCAUCUGCUAAAUGUAAAAAAUGAUAAAAUUAAGGACGCUUUGGAGACCCUAAGGGGAAAAGAUAAGAUCAUAAGUGACAACAACGCAGAGCUCGAGAGGAAAGACAAAAUAAUCCAGAGCUUGGAAGAUCAUAUCAGAUCCGUCACCGAAGAGCUGUCUGAGGUGACCGAUCAACUACUGACCUCCAACGGCACCGACCGAUGCCCCACCGGCAGUCCAAGUGGCCUCUACAAAGUGAAGAUUCCCGGAUUAAAGAGCUUCGAGGCUGCCUGCAACGAGCAGGGCUGGAUGACGAUCCAAAGGCGCGUCGAUGGAUCUGUGAACUUCACUCGCGACUGGAAUGGUUACAAGAAUGGCUUCGGAGAUGUGCGCAAGGAGUUCUUCAUCGGCCUGGAAAAACUACACCGGCUGACAGAGCAACGGCCCUGCGAACUCAACAUUACCAUUGAGGACGCCAAUGGAACCACGUCCUAUGCACAUUACAAUGAUUUCAAAGUCGGCGAUGAGGCGUCAAUGUAUGAGCUACUCAGUUUGGGCUCCUUCGAAGGCUCGGCCGGGGACUCCCUGAUUUGGAACACGAAAAAGAAGUUCUCCACCUUCGACCAGGACAAUGACCUGGUUGCCAGAAACUGCGCCCAGACGCACAGUGCUGGCUGGUGGUUCGCCGAGUGUGGAUAUAGUUCUCUUAAUGGAGUCUACAGUACAAGCGGCACUGCUCCUGAGGCAAAUGGAAUUCAUUGGGGCACCGCUCACGGCUACAACUACAGGGUUUCGCUGAUCUUCACUGAAAUGAUGAUAAGGCCUAGAACCUUUUAGUUUAAAACAAGGAUUAAAUAAAUAAAAAUUAACGAGUUGCACUUA